CGUCUCUGUAACAGGCACUGUCUUGACCGAUAAACAAAUUCUCCCAAUUCCCAACAAAUAAUUACGUCAGAGGCAUUAUUUACUUAUCCACUUUAAUUGGUUGGCGCCACAGGCGUAAUGCACUUCUUAUUGGUCAACGUCACAAGCGCGCUUAGCGACUAUCUCUGCCGCGCAGAAUUAGAGCAUCAAAAACCGGCAAACUCAUCACAGCGUUUUGCGGUAUUAAAAAAGACAAUGCUCUCUCCGUCAUCAUGUAAUAUAAUUUUUAUAUAUUAACAUGGCUCAAGUAACAAAUUUCCUAGAGAAAUACUGUAAAUAAUGUAAAAAAGUUUAGUCUUUAGUGGCAGAUUAAAUAAUUUCAUUAGUGUUUAAAAUAAAGUUUUUAAUCAAAAGGUGAUCUUUUAAUUCAAGUUCUACAUCUCCCAGACCUAUGGAUCGCACAGAAAAGACGGACUCAUGUUAAGAAAAAAUUUAAUCGACUCACUUCAGUACAAAAAUGAAGAAGAUAAUUCAAAAUACAAAGAACAUGGAAAACCUAAACAAAAAUCUGAUUUACCAACAAAACAAUUCCAAAAAAGAAGAUCACUCCUGGUAGAACUAAUCGAGGAUAAUGUUCAUGUUAAUGGCGUAUAUAACAUUAUCAUUUCUUUGAGUUUCUUUAUAAUGAUCUCAUUAAAUUACAUAGAAUAUAUACAAUUUGGAAGAUUAUCUCCAGCUUUGGAUCUGAUUUAUGAAAAAUUUGGAAAACUCCAUAUUGUUUUUAUUGUAUGGUUAGGAAAUAACCUUUUUACGUUUCUAUGUUACUAUUGUUUUAUACUAUGGGCGGCAAUUAGACAAAAAGUUGACCAUAAAAACAUUACUGAUAAAUUAGGUGUAAUACUUUUGGCAAGCUACUAUGGAUUUACGUUUUACAUCAUACCAUUUCUCAUAAAUAAAUAUAAUUUACCAUUUGCUUCCUCUGCAAUACUUUUGGGUGAUUCGAUACGAUUCUUAAUAAAAGUCCACGCUUUUGUUAGAGGCAAUGCACCGAAAGUUCUAACAUCCAGAUCGGAAAAAGAAAAAAUAAAGUUGCCAACAUUUGGUCAAUUUGUGGAUUUUGUGUACAUUCCUGCUACUAUUUAUAAGGAUGAAUAUCCCAGAACCGACAAUGUUAGAUGGAGUUUUGCAUUCUACAGAUUUAUGGAAAUAAUUUGGACCAUUGUUUGUCAAGCGCAUAUAUAUAUUCAUAUUAUAUUACCAAUAUAUAAAGACUUGACCUGUAUUAACCCAAUAACUUUUGGAGAGUUGUUUAUUCUGUUACUAAAAACAUGCAUACCUGCUGUUGUACUGUUGUGGCUGCUGUUCUUCUCCUUAUUACAUUCAUCUCAAAAUACAGUGGGAGAAAUGUUGAAAUUUGGAGAUAGAAUGUUCUAUUUGGAUUGGUGGAAUAGUCUGGACGUACAGCAGUUUUACAAAAAGUGGAAUUGUGUCAUUGGUGACUGGCUGUAUACAUACGUCAACAAAGACUUAGCCGAAGUCGUUUUUCCUGGAAGAAGAAACCUCGCAAAAUUACUGACAAUUCUAAUAUCCGCUAUAAUUCAUGAAUGGAUUAUCACAGCAGCUUUGGGCUUCUAUUGCCCUGUGAUAUUUGUUAUAAUGAUUGCAACUAUAUUAUUUUUAACAGAUAUAUUUAGAGCGAAAAGUUAUACUAAAAAUAUACGCGUUUUUAUAUGGAUGAUAUAUCCCAUCGGACCAGGUCUGAUAGCGACAUCAAUGUUUGUGGAAUAUUUUGCUAGACAACGUUUACCGAUGAAGGCAAAUGAAUCGUUUGUUUUUUGGAAUCACUGUAUUGCUUAAAUUUGUUAUUGAAGAAGUUUACAGCAAAGAACAGCAAAUGGCACUAUUGUGAUAGAUACUGUUAAUCAAUUAAAAUGGACGUUCUUCGUCUAAAAACCUAAAAGCAGUGUUAGGAGAAGACAAUUUAGUUAGUUUUGUAAUAACUUUAUAAUAAAAUAUAAAAUGUC